UCAAAGAUGCCACUCUUUCCUGAACAAAUGUGUUGCAGACAAGUGGCUGUUAUUGGUGGAGGACGUUCUGAAGAACUGUUGUCUUUGAUACACAUGCACCCCCCUCUCCCCCAUUUUCUUCUGGGUUUGGAUUUCAAAUGUGUUUGACAGAAUCGGAAGGUCCUGUCUCUCCUCUGUCAAUAUUUGUGGCUGGUUAAUGAUCCACCCCUUGACCUCGUGGCUGUUCCUGGUGUACAUCCAAAUCUCUCUCCCAUCUUCCCGUACAAAGAUAAGACAAAACAAGGAACCAGCAGGCAGUCGGUGUGUUCUCAGCGCUGGCCGACAUGGAGAGCAGUUCCUCGCCUGUGCUGUUUCUCCUCCUGCUGUGCUGCAUCAACACCAGUUGCCUGUUUUCAUUUUCAGUGUUUCUGAGAAAAGAAGCAGCACACGAGGUGCUGAAGGUCCAUAAGCGUGCCAACUAUUUCCUCGAAGAGAUUCGUCCGGGGAACUUGGAGAGAGAGUGCAAUGAGGAGACGUGCUCCUUUGAGGAGGCCAAGGAGAUCUUCCACUCGCAGGAGAAAACGACAGAGUUUUGGUUCAAUUACAAAGGUUUAAACCCAUGUAGCACAAACCCCUGUAACAACGGGGGAGUCUGCAAGAUACGGAACUACAAUUACUUCUGCAUCUGCCCCCCGAAAUUUGGAGGACACCACUGUGAAAAAGCGCAGGCGGAGUGCUGGCACGGCAACGGGGGCUGCUGGCACUACUGUGGCGCCGCGGCCACCGGCGUGGCCUGCUCCUGCGCCGCGGCCUACGUCCUGCACCGCGACGGGCAGCGCUGCGUGCCCGCAGCCCCAUUCCCAUGUGGUCUGAUCCAAGCCAGGCAGGACAGGCUCCCGAGGGCACUGCGCGGGCACGGCCGUGACACAGCGCAGAACAAGAGCACGGGGGACACAGCUGGGCAGCUGGAGCUGGAACAAAGUGCUGCUGGGCAGAAUGAGACCUUAAAGGCUGCCCUUGGGCUGGGCAGGGACGUUGCUGCUGGACAGACAGAGGCAGCAGGACGUGCUUCCAGCUGGGACACGACACUGGGGGACUCUGUGACCCAAGUGGCACCAGGGGACUGGGAAAAUGGUUCAGACUCACCUCAGGCCAUCCAGGGAAACGUCAGCUCCACCCUCGAGCACAAUGGCUCCAGGAUAACGGGAGGAACACUAUGCCACCGUGGCCAGUGUCCCUGGCAGGUGUUGCUGCGGAACAGCAGAGACGUGGGGUUCUGCGGAGGGAGUUUGCUCAGCAGCCGCUGGGUGCUCACUGCUGCCCACUGCCUGGAUCUGGUGCGGCCGCACCACGUCACCGUGGGCGACUUUGACAAGUACCAGAGAGAAUUCAAAGAACAGAAGGUCGCGGUGGAGCGGAGCUGGACACACCCCCAUUACGACUCCAACAGCUACGACGGUGACAUCGCGCUGCUGUACCUGAGCAGCGACGUUGUGUUUACCGAGUUCGCGCUGCCCAUCUGCCUGCCCAGCCCCGGGCUGGCCGCGCUGCUCACCGAGGACGGCCGGGCCGGCGUGGCCAGCGGCUGGGGAGCCACGCACGCCCGCGGCUCCCCCCUGCGCUUCCUCAUGAGGGUCCGGCUGCCCGUGGUCAGCCUGGAGCGCUGCCGGAGCUCCACGCCCCGCCUCCUCACCGACAACAUGUUCUGCGCCGGCCACGGCUCCGAGGCGGCCGACGCCUGCAAGGGGGACAGCGGCGGCCCCUUCGCCGCCUCCUACCGCGGCACCUGGUUCCUCCUGGGCAUCGUCAGCUGGGGCGAGGGCUGCGCGCAGCCCGGCAAGUACGGCGUGUACACCAGGGUGGCCAACUACCUCUCCUGGAUCAAACAGACCGUUGAAAGUGUAGCAGAUGCAAAAAACUUCUCCCUUGACUUUUCUCCACAGGGGCUGUGACAGCAGGGAGAGCCCUGAGCCCUGCCCUGGUGCAGCAGCUGCCCUCCUGGCCCCCGGGGGUAAAGCCGCAGUACCAGCCCUUUAUCCAGGUG